AUUCACAUUUGAUUAACACUAAUAAAUUAAAAGGAUACAUAACGUACAUUUUCCAGGCAUUUUCUUAUAUAUACAUUAAGAUUCUCUAUAGUCCAAGAAAAUAAAUCCCUAUAAAACCCCACAAGAACAGUUAAAAUUCUCCAUCUUCUCACCUUAGGAGUUGCAUGGGGCCAGCUAAUAAAGCUUCUGCUAGUUGUAGUGGUGGUGCUGAAUUGGUAGUAAGUAGGAGAAAAAUGGGACGGUGGACUUGUGUGGAAGCAGUGUGCCUUGUUCCUCGCUUGUUGGUUGCUGUUGGUCUCUGUCUUCCAUGGUGUUGCUGCAAUUGUUUUGAAACCUUUUUGGAAGGACGUUUCCGCUUGCCUAAGAGGUAAAAGAAUAGCAAUAAAAAAAUAAUUUUUUUUUUUUAAAGUUAUCUUGAUUUAGGAAAAUGUCAUUCUAUUUGAUUGUAACCCUAUGUUGCUUUUGAUUGUCUAUUCUUAGGUCCACUUGUAUAAAAAUAAUUAAGAGGG